AUGCCGGGGGGGCGGAGGGAAGGAGGGGGUGUGGAGGAGAGAAGGAGGAAAAAGGGGGAGGGAGGAGAGGGAGGAGGGGGCGCGGAGGAAGGGGCGGGCUUCCCCCUGCCGGCCUCCGUUCCUUCCCCGCUGCCCCCGCCUCUCGCACUAGCGCCCCGCACCUGUGGCGCCCGUGCUCCGCCCAGUCCCGCGGCCUCCUCGCCCCUAGUCCCCCGCGCUCCCCGCCCCUUCCCGUGGGAUCCGCCCCUCCGCCAGCCUCCGCCAGCCUCCGCCAGCCCCGCUGGCUUCCCGUCUCCGACACCCCGGACUCAGAACCUCCCCUCCCCCGCCGGGGCCUGGGCGCGCCUGCCCUUCGCUCCCCGACCUCCUGCUGCAGCUCUGGGCCCCUCGGCCGCUCCCUCCCCUCCUCCCUUGCUCACCCCACGGUUGGCCGCGGGUCUCCAGCACGCCGCUCCCGCCCUCGGCGUCCCGCAGCGCCUGCCAGGGUCGCCGAGCCGCCCCUGCCUCCUGGCCGCCUCUACAGUGCCGUCCUCCCGGGGCUGGCUCUCUCCCCAGGCCCCUGCUGUGGCCACCCAGGCACUUUCCGCCCUGAGCGUGGCAGCUGCUGCCGGGGGUCCUGGGGCCGCGGGAUGGGAACUCCCACGCAGCGUCCCACAGGCUCCUGGCCGCCGCGAGCCCGUGCGACUCGCACGAGCAGGUCCACCCGCAGCGAGGGGCCGGUCACUGCUACGGAGCCCGCCAGAGGGCAAAGCCCCAGACAGCAAAUAGGGAGGCGGCUGGCACCCAGGGAGGCCGAGGCGGGAGGAUCGCUGGAGCCCAGGAGUUCGAGACCUGCCUUGGCAACAUACUCCCUCCAGCGUGCCAAAUGCUGCUAAUGGACAGCCGCUCCUGCCGCUCUGAUGUUGCUAGACCUCCUCAGCACUCAGCCCAAGGCAGCCAGGAGGAAUGAAGGAAUGGUGAUUCAGAGGGAAAGGAGGAAGCUGCGUGGCAUUUCAGAGAUACUUAUUUUAAAACUGCUGGUGGCCAUGUCUUCUUUUCAUAUCAGAGCGAAUGAGUUUUGAUAUGUGAACAUCUCUUCUCCUUCACAGGGGGAAGUCGGCCUGCUGCUUUCUCCCACUCUGUCUCCAGGUCCUUCUGCCCCACUUCAGUCUGAGCCCUUCAGAUGAGCACUGCCCACCCAUCUGUACAUGCUGGCCAAGGGGAGAAAUUCUGCAUGCAACACCAGACGACGAGGUGGUAGGUGACGCUGGGUGAUAGGGAUUUGUGUGCAGGAUUUUAAAACAGGAUUAUAAAGCUGCAUGAAACUAGAAAACAGUGGGCAAACAGACCAAGCCAGCACUUUAUUUUAAAAAGUUUUAUUUUGGAGAUUUAGAAAUUUGAGAUUUUUAAUAACGGCAAAAGAAAUUCAGUCACACCUAAUGAUUAACAGAAUGUAGUGGUGUAUUAUCUAAACAGAAAUCGUGCUGAUGUGCCAUAAUAAAUUGUCUA